UAUGUUUGUUAUGUAUACGUACAAUAUGUGUGUACUUACUUAUGAAAACUGCGAUCAGAAAAUCGGUUUGAUUCUUUUUUGCACACGAUACACUUUACAGUCAUUUUUUAAAAAAACUGUACACAAAAACAUUUGUAAAAUCGAAAGCGGUUAAUUCCGGCAUAUUCACUACCAUGCUUGUAAGUAAACAUGGAUGGGCUGCGCGCAUGCGUCAUUAAACAAGAAUGGCACGAGUAACUAUGCAGCGUUCUCUUUCUAUCCCGCUAACGCCUGUACCUACGGCUUUUGCCCUCUAUUCUUAUAUCUCUAUGGAAUGCACCCAUUAGGACCUCUCUACCUUUCUCUCUCGCACGGACGUUGGUUUCGGACGAGGCUUCACCUCGGUAUACGCGGGCCAGGAUAGGCAAUUCCUCUUCCAGUAGUAUAUAGUAUGUUCUAAGAUGUGCCGUCAGCCGUGUGCGGAUUGUGACGGACUGUGCCCAACUGCCCGUAGUGCUCGGCGGAAAAUGACCAAGAAUUGUAGAUGUUUCCCGGUCGAGUGAUGCACGAUCGAGGAUACCGUUGGAGAUCCAGGAAUGUUUUAUCGUUGUUGACAAGCGCGUCGCCCGUUGCCCGUCAGUGUCGGAUCAACAAAGAACGUUUUUCAUUUUUACUUCCAAUGCGACAGUUGAAUUAAAUCACUGAAACGAAAGUGGACGCGAGUUCGGCGAGUUCAUUCUCUCUCUCUCUCUCUCUCUCUCUCUGCCGAACGGUUCGUUGAGACUUCGAAAUUCGAGAUAUCGACGAGGACGAGGUACUCGCCGCUGAUCGAGUCGCGAAAUCGUAAGGUUAUGCACCGAAAUCGAGAGAGAAUAAAGACAUCAAGAUACUCUUGCUAGAUAUUUGAUGUAAGCAAGGGAGUGACAGGAAGAGAGGAAAGGAAGGAGAAAUCGCACAGAUAAUACGUGAAGAGGCAUUAUGUAACGAUACAUAAUUUCGACGGAAAAACUCAAGUGCUCUCAGCUGAUCAGAGAAGCUAUAAGAAUAAUAUUUGAUUAAGCUUAAAUGAAUAUUGAGUACACACGUUGGAAAUAAUUGUUGAACGAAACUUCGUAUCAAGGUAGAUAUUAAGAUUGAUUUUGCGAGGAGAGAAUAAGCAUACAGAUCUCAAGUUAGAAAAUGUUGGCAAAUAAUUCAACGUCGGUGAGUACAGGCAGAGGCAGCAAUAGUCUACAAAAUCGAAACUCUCAAAGAUCGACCCUCUUGAAAGUGGUGAUUCUUGGAGACGGUGGUGUUGGAAAGUCCUGCCUUAUGAAUAGAUUCGUGUCGAAUCAUUUCGACGAACACAGUUUUCAUACCAUCGGAGUAGAGUUCCUGAACAAGGAUAUCGAAAUCAACGGCGAGGCAUAUACAUUGCAAAUAUGGGACACAGCCGGGCAAGAGAGGUUCAAGACUCUCAGAACACCAUUUUACAGAGGCUCAGACAUUUGUCUGCUUACUUACGCGGUAGACGAUAAGACGAGUUUUAGAAAUCUUGCGCUAUGGAGAUCUGAAUUUCUUAAGUAUGCGGAUGUUCAGGAGGACUCCACUUUUCCAUUUAUUGUUGUUGGCAAUAAGAUGGAUGUUCCUGAAUCCGAAAGACAAGUUUACAUGGAAGAAGCUCAAGCUUGGUGUUCAGAGACUGGUAAUCCUCCGUUAGUUGAAACAUCGGCAAAAGACGCCACUAAUGUUGAGGCAGCUUUUGGGGCAGCAGUUGACGCAUGGGCGCGAUUGGAAGCUAGAUUAGAGCGGCCUUUAGUGGAAGACACUGUCGAUCUCUCUAAACAGCAGUCCCAGCAUCGUACGAGCUGCUGCAUGCCUAUUUCCGGUACUGAGUCUAACAAAGUAAUUUGAAGAGAAUCUCUUGCCUCUGUCUACAAUACUCUCUUCAUUAUAUGGUGAACUUUCUUUAUUGACAUUAGAAUUGCAUCGGUUGUGUAUACAUAGGAUAUUGUGUUUAAAAUUUUUUAUUUAGGAAACUAAUUAGGAUCUCCAAAGAAUAUAUGGACCGCAUAAGAUAUUAUUAGCAAUGAAUAUGCUAUUUCUUUAUUGGCUGGCUUAUAUUCUUUUUCUUAUGAAUAAAAAAAGGGGGGGAGCCAUAAAAAUCAUAUAUAUGACAAAUAAUAUAUUGUGAUUGAUCUUUCCAGAAUACAAUCUAAGAUAUAAGAUCAGAUUAAACGUCCUUAUUCUAUCAACGCUUUGUGCAGCUCUUAAGCUACUGACAGUAUUUUAAGUGUUUAAUACACUAUUGGCUUGUGAUAAAGUACUGACGAUAAUAAUAAUAAUAAUAAUAAAUAUAAAUUAUUACAUAAGAGAUAGGUGUAAAUUAUAAUUU